AAACCAGCAAUUUUCACAUGUUGAUUAGAGUACUUCAUUUUUUUUUUAUAUACAUUUCAUUCAUUCCAUUUUGAAAAUUGCAGAUUUCUGUAAUUAUCGAAUAAAUUGUGUAGUAAAUAUAUAGUUAUAUUAAUUUUACUAGGAUUGUAGUUAUCACACGAAUACUUAGCCGUUGCCUUUUUAAUAAGUAUCUUUCAUUUUUUAAAAACAGUCACUAUGACGAAAAGCGCUAAUCUGCUAGAAGUUAUUUCUAUGUGUUUAUUACCAAAACUUUCCAAAAAUGUUGAUAUAAGUGAGAAUCAUGUUGAAUAUAAAAUUAGAGAAGAUACGUUAACAUCUCAAUUUAAUGUAAUAAUGCAAUUAUUAAAUGAUAUGAAUAAUUCAGAAAUGACACCAGAUAUAUUGUCUAGACUGUUAAUUUUGAAUCUUGAAUUACAAAGUGUAGGGCCUUGGUUUAGUGAAAUUUGUAAGAAGUGUACAGAAAAGUUGAACAAAGAUUUUGAAGGUUCAUAUGGUUAUAAAUUAGAUAAUCUUUUGUGGCAUGGAGAUGCUGUCAAUAGUCAAAAAAUAUUUGACAAGUGUUUAGAGGAUUUACAUCAGAAAUUAACAUUUGAAGACUUCAAGAAGUAUCCUGCUCUUCAUGAUGUAUACUAUUCAAUCAUACAACAUAUAGCAGAAUACAAAGUAGAUAUCAAUCCAUUAAAAACAAUACCAAUUUCUUUGCUUCUCAUUGAUGAUUAUAUUCUUUCUAAUAAAAUAAAGGGUUUGAAAAGCUGUUUAAUUAUAAUGAAAUGCUUGACUACUGAGAGUUUUCAAGAUGGUAAUUAUUAUGAAGUUAUUUAUGGAACGUUAAAAAAGAGCACACUUGAUAAAGAUAUAGAUGUAACUAGGCUAACACUGGAGUGUUUGUUACAACUGCUCAAAAUUAUACCUCCAGGGGUUCAGGCGAAGAAGACAGAUGACAUAUUCAAAAGGGGACUUGACCAACUUUAUACAGAGGCCAACUUGUACAGAAAAGCAGCAUUGUUCAGUUUCACAACAAAUUUAAUAGAAAUGCAAGGGGUCGACUGUGUGAAUAAGAAAUUAUUAAAAUCUAUUCUUUGUGACAACAUAGAUAUAUGUUGUAAUGAUGCUGUUGGAGAGAUACUAUUAUCUGAUGUACUGAAAUGUCUUGAAGUGUGGAUAAAAUAUUGUUGGUGCAUUUGGAGAUUACCAAGUGAUCAGAAAUUUCUGUCCACAUUAUUGAAAUUGCUUUAUGUAUCAUGUCAAGACGAAGAAAAAGCUGCAAGGAUACAAAUAUUGAUAAUAACAUUAAUUACAUUAUGUACAAAAGAGGAACAAAAUGCUUUAUACAAAAAUAUAGAAGAAUCAACUGUCCAUAUAAAUAGACCAGAAUUUGUUAAUACAUUAGAAGUAAUAAAAAAAAAGUAUUCAUGUAUAAUAAAUUUAUUAAAAAUAUCAUAAUAUUUCAUAAUUUAACAUUAAUAACCUUUUAAUUUC